CUCUCCGUUCCGUUCCGUCGUCUCGGCCUUUCGGGUCUUUCGCUCCCCGGCUCUUCGUCUCCCUCUCUUGCCGAAUCCAAGCCCUAAACCAUAGGGCUUGCCUGGUGCCCGGGUGGGCUCCCCAUGGCGGCAAUAGAGGACGAGGAGAUGGAGAAGAAGGUGCAGCAGUACCUGCACCGCAAGGGGUUCCGCCUCACCGAGCUCGCGCUCCACGAGGAGCGCAGUCGCCUCUCCACCUCCGACGUCGCGCUUACCCGGUCUGACAAUAAUCCAGCAAGAUACCAUGAGGGAUACAGCAGAUUAAUAGCAUGGGCGUAUAGUUCUCUUGAUCAAUAUAAAUAUUUUUUGUAGCAUGAAUUACUUCGCGUCCUUUACCCAGUUUUUAUCCAUUGCUUCAUGGAUCUAGUGGCAGAGGGACAUAUGCACAAUGCUCGGUCAUUUUUCCAUACAUUUCGGGAAGCUCAUAAGGUGAUGCAUUCAAGGGAUCUUCAGAAGCUGGAAGGCAUCCUCUCUCCUUCACACUUGGAGGAAACGGAACUGGCUCGAUCUUUUAGGAAAAAUAAAUUUAAAAUUAAAUUAUGCGAGUAUUCGUAUGAAUUGCUUCUCCAGUAUCUCCAGAAAACACAAGCUUUUGUGGUGCUUGGAGUAAUCAAUGAGCACAUAACUUUUGAAGUAUCUCCUGGGCAGUCCUCAUUAAUCUCUGAUGAUGCUGAUGUUGUUGCUCUGAUUGGGACAAGUAAGGACUUGGCAAAACAAAUAAAUCAGAAGGAAGUACAUUGGGGGUUGCUUGAAGAUUCUGUUGAAGAGCAAAUGGAGAAGGCACUAGCAGAAUCUGAUAAAAUAGAAGCUGAAAGCAACGAUGCUGAUGCAGAAGAUAACAAGAAAAGGAAUACAGAAGGUGGAAAGCAAAAUACUUCUCUUGUGUGGGGACACUUGCUUUCAGCUGCGAAGGAGCAUUGCUUGCAUCGGGGUCGGCUGACUGUACUGUUAAGCUCUGGGAUGUCGCUUUCAGCACAAAAGCCCUGAAGACAGAGGACACCAAAGGCAGCUCAUCAGCUAACCGACUGAGACUGCUUAAAUCUCUGCCUACAAAAUCAGCUCCUGUCUAUAGCCUGCGGUUUUCUCGGAGGAACCUUCUGUUUGCCUCCGGUGCUCUCGCGUAAGCUGCGUGUUUCGUAGAAUACAGCUAGAACUGUUCCGGUUUUGACAUGGAGUAGUGAAGUUGGCAUUUCGCAGACUCCGCUGUGGAUCCUAUUGUAGAGCUAAUAUUUUCGUUAGCAAUCUCAACGGCCCAGCAUGUAUGCACAGCGGAAUUGAGCACCGCAGAUGCUUUGUAGCGUGCUUGCAACAUUGUGACAUUGUUAUUAGGUAAAUACGUCGUGUAAUUUUUUUUAGGUUGUGAUCUUAUGAUUUAUAAACGCCACUAAAUGUACAUAUGCCUGAUAGGAGAUAGCUUGUAAGGGAUGACCGGAUGAUUUGGUGACAAAACAAUGCAUUUUAUCUACUUCUCAAACAUGUAAAAUAUGGAUCAUCCUAUACCUUUGACGAA